AAUGAGAGGCUAUGACCUCAGGGGUACAGUGCCCCCUUUCUCCAUUAAUGUUACAAGUAAAACCCAGUUUUUUAGGGCUCCCACACUCAAUGUAAAGGAAGACCUUUACAAACAAGCAGAUGAACUCCUCCAUCCUCCUGCUCCUCUCACUGCUCUGCAGAUGAGUUCAGCCAGUGGCGGGCUCAUCACAGCACAAGGGGAGGUGGUGGAGUUUUCUGCUGUGAAACAAGUGAAGUCGGGGAAACAAUAUGUUCCCCUCAAAAAUAUCCAGCUGAAGGAGGAUGGCUUUACGAUGACAGUCUGCCUCUGGAGGGAGGCAGCCAUUUAUAACUUCAACGUGGGAGACCACAUCACUCUCUCCCACUUGAAGCAGAGCCAGUCCUCUUAUGGCAUACAGCUGCAAAGCACGGCACUGACAAAGAUUGAGUUUUCAGGGCUAAAUGUGGCUGAUGCUGUGUCAACAGACUUAUCGAGGAGAGGGCUGAUGGUUAUCUUUGGCGUGGCCAUAACAGACAUGCCAAACCAGCUGGAGGUGUUGCUGGAGGAUGGAAAGAGCCUAUACAUUCAAAGUGAGCUGUGGAGUCCCUUUGACAAGGAACUGGAGGAGGCAGCAAUCAAAUAUAGACAGUGGACAGUGGACUCAGUACAGACCUGUGGUGAUGACGACUAUGGCAGAGUUGUCAGAGAACUUCUGUUGGUGGCAGUGUGGGGAGGUGAUGGAGAAGUCUGCAGUCUAGCAGGUGAAGAGAAACAGAUCCAGCAUAGUUCCCUGUGA